CAGAAGCCUGAUGACGCACUGAGACUGAAAGUCUUCCUGUGACGUCAGCAAUGACACGUGGAUUCAAGAUGGCGGCGGCGAUGGAGAUGUGGACACUUCUGCUAGUGUCCAUGCUGCCUUUAGUAACACCCUUUUAUGUGCCAGGGGUUGCGCCCAUGAAUUUCCAUCAGAACAGCCCUGUUGAAAUAAAGGCUGUGAAAUUGACAAGCUCUAGAACCCAGCUGCCCUAUGAGUACUAUUCACUCCCCUUCUGUAAGCCUGACAACGUUGUCUACAAAGCAGAGAACCUUGGUGAGGUUUUGCGAGGAGACCGUAUUGUCAGCACUCUUUACACAGUUCUCAUGAACGUGGACAAGAAGUGUGAGGUGUUGUGUAAAAAGCCAGAUGACCCCAUCAAACUCAGCGUGGAUGACAGCAAGCUGCUAGCUGAACGCAUCCAGGAAGAGUACUAUGUCCACCUCAUUGCAGAUAAUCUCCCUGUGGCCACUCGGCUUGAACUUUACCCAAACAAAGAGGAAGGAACGGAAGAGGAACAGAGGAAAGACAACAUGAAAGAUAUUCAGUUUGAGCACGGCUACAGGAUCGGCUUCACUGAAAACAAGAAGUUCUAUUUGCACAACCACCUGUCCUUCAUCCUGUACUACCACAAAGAAAAGGUUGAGGAGGAGAAAGAACACAAUUACCGUGUUGUACGUUUCGAGGUGAUGCCAAAGAGUGUAAAAUUAGAAGAUAUAAAAGCUGACGAGCGAGGCACAUGCACAUUACCCGAAAAUGUUGCCCCGGUACCUCAGGAGAUUGAUCCAUCCAAAGAGAACAGCAUUCUCUUCACCUACUCCGUGCGCUGGGAGGAGAGUGAAGUGAAAUGGGCAUCUCGCUGGGACACGUACCUCACAAUGAGUGACGUGCAGAUCCACUGGUUCUCCAUCGUCAACUCUGUGGUCGUGGUGUUCUUUCUAUCAGGCAUCUUAAGUAUGAUCAUCAUCAGGACCUUGAGGAAGGACAUUGCUAACUACAACAGAGAAGAUGACAUUGAGGACACAAUGGAGGAAUCUGGAUGGAAGAACGUUCAUGGUGACGUGUUCCGGCCUCCUCAGUAUCCCAUGAUCCUUAGCUCUCUGCUUGGGUCUGGUAUCCAGCUCUUCUGCAUGAUUCUCAUUGUUAUCUUUGUGGCUAUGCUGGGAAUGUUGUCCCCAUCCAGUCGAGGAGCUCUGAUGACAACCGCCUGCUUCCUCUUCAUGUUCAUGGGUUUGUUUGGAGGAUACUUUGCAGGUCGCCUCUACCGCACUCUUAAAGGCCACAGAUGGAAAAAAGGAGCAUUCUGUACCGCAACUCUGUACCCAGCUGUCGUGUUUGGGAUCUGUUUUGUGUUAAACUGUUUCAUCUGGGGAGAGCAUUCCUCUGGUGCUGUUCCUUUCACUACAAUGCUGGCUCUGUUGUGUAUGUGGUUUGGUAUUUCUAUGCCUCUUGUGUACCUGGGCUACUAUUUCGGUUUCCGGAAGCAGCCAUAUGACAAUCCGGUUCGCACCAAUCAAAUCCCCCGACAGGUUCCUGAGCAGCGCUGGUACAUGAACAAGUUUGUUGGAAUCCUGAUGGCGGGAAUUCUGCCAUUUGGCGCCAUGUUUAUAGAGCUUUUCUUCAUCUUUAGUGCUAUCUGGGAAAACCAGUUUUAUUACCUGUUUGGCUUCCUCUUCCUUGUCUUCAUCAUUCUUGUCGUUUCCUGCUCUCAAAUCAGCAUUGUCAUGGCCUACUUCCAGCUAUGUGCAGAGGACUAUCGAUGGUGGUGGAGGACGUUUCUCGUGUCCGGAGGCUCUGCGUUUUAUGUCCUAGUCUAUGCUGUUUUCUAUUUUGUCAACAAGCUGGAUAUUGUGGAGUUUAUCCCUUCUCUGCUGUAUUUUGGCUACACAGCCCUCAUGGUUUUGUCUUUCUGGCUGCUAACGGGGACAAUUGGCUUCUAUGCCGCAUACGUGUUCAUACGGAGAAUUUACGCCGCGGUCAAAAUUGACUGAGAUGUUUCUCAUUUCGGUUUUGGUUUCUUAUUAUUUUUUUCUGUUUUGUGAAGCAAGCACUGAUGUGUGAAUUGCUGCCGAAUGAGGUGCAGCAGCACCCCCUAUGGAUUGGAGGACAGAGAAGAGAAGUGUUUUCUGCACUAGUCAGAACCUUCUCUGUCUCUCAGAAAUGUAGAGAAACAUCAUGAACUGUUCAAUUUUUAAUGUCUGUAUGUCUUUUUGCACACACACAACAUGGGCCAAAGUGUGUCAAAUGACUUAUUUUCCUUUAUUUGAGUGGGGAUGUUGGAUUUUGGGGGCUGGGUCUCGUACUUUUGAAGACAUUGAGGGUUAGUUGCAUAUACGUUAAUAUUAUUUUACAAAUUAACUUUGUGUUUUCUUUUAAUAUAACAUUUAAUUUGAACCUGUCUCCAUGUCUUUGAACGUAGAUGUGUCUGUCUGUCUGUCUGUGUGUGUGUGUGUGUGUGUGUGUGUGUGAGAGACAAGCCCAUCUGAGGUGUGGUCACUCUGUGAUCAUUACAAUAUAUGUUGGCAUGGACUGAAAAUAUGAGAUGUAAAGACAUGGCAAGGGCAUUAAAAAAAAAAAAAAAAAAAGUACAUUUCCUUGUGUUUCCUUGUUCCUGCCUGCUCAGUUCAAGCCUAUAAUUUUUUUCUUUUCCUCUUCAUUGAGAGAGAAAAAGUUAAUUGUCACAAAUUAAUUUUAACAGACCAAGUACAAUUCAAAUUCAGAUCUUAAAUAAUGUUCAAAACUACGAUUCAAACACUUUUUAGGCAUUUUCCCACAUCUAUAUCAUAUAGACAUUUAUUAUUGGAAAUGUCUGUUUAUCCCCCUUCAUACUAUUGAUAGUGGUACUUCACCUACAGACUGUUUCUGUAUCCUCAAAAAACAUAAUGUGGAUGCACCAAAAAUUUAAGUUCAUCAAAACAUCAGUGCAUUGCGCAGCUGGUUGCAUUAUUUCUUUUGGGUGUUGGUUUAGGGUCAGUUGAAGGUAGUAGCUUGCGUCAAUAUCAAGUUUAAGAUUUGAGUUGAUAUGCUGUUAUUAUUUGUUUAUAGGUUGUUUAACGAACAUCCACAAAAGACAAAUGCAAAGUUAAACAUCAAUGCUGAAGGAUUGACUCCAAGAGGAAGCAUUUUAUGGAUAUCUUGCUGUUUUUUGUGUUUAAUCAGCAUUGAAGUUUUUUAUUAAAAAUCAGUAACAUUUUUAUUUCUGAUUGUCAUUGUACUGUCUUUUAAAGUGAGGUACACUGACUCACUAUGUUACACAUCUCAUCUGAUUGGAGACUUUAUGCAUUUAUAAUGUCAUGGGUGGAACCAGGCAUGUCGAGCGCACCGUUGGGCACAUUAUUUUCUAUUCCUCGUAUACAAACAUAAAACGUAUUCGGAUCUCAUCCAAAUUCUGAUACUUGGGAGACUUUUGCCCUAUAGCGAGGCAGCUCUAGUGUUUAAUGGUUUAAAACACACGCAAUUGCUGUAUAUGCACAGUGACUAAACCAGUCUGUAAUCUUCCUUAUCUAUCCUCUUCAAACAUCUCUAUCAUAGGCCUUGGCCAGCAGUAUCCAACAAACAUCCCUGUAUGUUUCUGAUUUGAGGGGUUCUGAAUUUCUGGAUGACUUUACGAAGAAAAGAAAAAAUGCAAGGACUACAGAAUAUAUUUUCUACAGAUGUUCUUUAUUCUGCCUGUUGUGUGGGGGUUGGUGGGACUCUGUAUGUUUAUUGUGUAAAUACAUUGCUUUAUAUUGUUGCAUUUUAGGUUUUGUGAAGCUCUGUAUGUCACAGUUACAUCUUUGUUUUUAGGCAAAGCAUGUUUUAUUUCUUUACGAAUCUUUCUUUUCCUCUCUCCUUUAAAACUGUCCAUUUAUUAUGUUUAAAAUAAUAAAAGUGCCAAUAUGUUGAAAUUU